AUGCAUGAAAAGUAUCAUGGGCGUAACCCGCUUCCAGUUUCGUCGAAGGAACCGCUCCCUAACCAUACGAAUGGGAAGGCUGCAUACAAGAGUGCAACAAUGAAUGCCAAAGAAACCAGGGCGGAUACUCCGAGCAUGAAAAGUGACAAGGAUAAACCAGAGAAAAGUCUUUCCGUUGACCCUGAUAGCGCCUACUUCAAUGUCACAGGUGGCAAAUCCGAUCAUAUGCUUGUCAAUCUUGGAGAGAAACGGCUCGCCGUAAAGAUUCGAUGCAGUAACAAUACCCUUUAUCGGGUUUCACCAAGUGCGAUGUUUAUAGAGCCAGGACAGUGCCAAAAUCUCGUCGUCGUGAGGAAUGCUGGGCCUGCUCGAUCCGACAAGUUGAUUCUGCAAUUUCUUCCGUGUGAAAAAGACACCGAAGAUUGCAAAGAAUUUUUCAAACAAGCCGACAAGAACGGUUUGAAGCCUGACACUAUGCGGAUAUCGUUGAAGAUGGUCGGCGACGCUGGUUAUCGUGUAAUUCCGUCGAGAGAAAUAACAGAAGAUGCUAUUUCAUAGAAGCAGUGCUGUUAUCGUAGCGUUGAUUUAUAACUGAAAAUUAUAUGUAAAAAUCUCGUUUUGUAGAUUUUUU